GUAUAAUCUCAAACAGAUUAUACAAAGGUUGUAUCUAAUAUAUGAUGGUUAGAUAUUGUUUUCCGCCAGUAGAGGGCGCUUGUGUAACUGAAGUAAUGACACACAUCCGAGUCUAGGAGAAGAAGAGAAGUGAGCGAGGGAAGGGAACAUAAACAUGUGAAGUAGAACACAGCCGUUCAUUCUGCGCUAAAUUGCUGUUUUUCAUACUUUGAGCGAUUGUGAGUGUGAUGAGCAUCUGCUAAAUGAGCAACAGCCAUUCAUUGGAGUUUAAAUUCUGGGGAAUAUUCCCACAAGAGAAGCAGCAGCAAGCUGGAGAAACUGCUGACAUACUAUUGUAAAGAUGGAGUUUAAAGAAGAACCCUGCAGAAUAAAAGAUGAAGAUACAGAGGAACAAAUAGACUUGAUGGAAGUGAAUGAAGACAAACAGCAUCAUUUGACAAAUGAAGAUGGAAAACUGACACAUGAAAAUGAAGACAAACAUCUGUUUCAAAAACCUCAUCAUUUCAAAAAUGAAGAUGGAAAUUUAAUUUUUUCAAAGACUGAAGAGAAUAUCACACAAAAUCAAGCUGGGAAAUCUGGAGUCAAAAGAACUUUAACCUGCUCUGAGUGUGGAAAGAGUUUCAUAUAUAAAUCUUACCUUGACAGACACAUGAGAAUGCACACUGGAGAAAAACCAUUCACCUGCUCUGAGUGUGGAAAGAGUUACAAACAUGAAGCACACCUUAAGGUACACAUGAUAAUUCACACUGGAGAAAGGCCUUAUACAUGCACUCAGUGUGGAAAGACUUUCAUUCACAAAGUGGACUUAAAUGUGCACACAAGAAUUCACACAGGAGAAAAAACUUUAACAUGCACACAGUGUGAAAAGAGGUGCAUUCACAAAUCAAAUCUUAUAAGACACAUGAGAUCUCACACUGGAGAGAAGCCUCAUACAUGUGCUCAGUGUGGAAAGAGUUUCAUUCAGAAGGGAAAAUUUAAUGAUCACAUGAGAAUUCACACUGGAGAAAAACCGUUCACAUGCACUCAGUGUGGAAAGAGUUUCAGAUCCAAAAACCUUCUGAAAAAUCAUCUGCGCCGUCACGCUGGAGUGAGAUCAUUCAGCUGUGAUCAGUGUGAUAAAACAUUUGUUUUUAAACAAAACUUAAGAGAACACCUUAUAGUUCAUACUGGUGUGAGGCCUCACUUUUGCUCUCUCUGUGGAAAGAGUUUUUCGCGACUGCAGAUUUUAAAAGAGCAUGAGCGUAUUCAUACUGGUGUGAGACCUUAUAUGUGCUUUGACUGCGGGAAGAGCUUCACUAAACCCAGUGUCUUAAAACAACACCAGAGAAUUCAUACUGGAGAGAAACCAUACCAGUGCUUACACUGUGAAAAGAGAUUCACCCAAUUAACCAAUCUACAGAAUCAUAAGAAAAAAUGUUGUCCGAAGUUGUCUAAUGGGGAAAGUUCAUUUUCAGAUCCAUCACUUACAAAUAAUGCUCUUACAAGUAAAUAAAUUGACAUACAGAUUAAUCAAAAGCUCUAUAUUUCGCUAAAAUUAGUAGUGGAGUUUGAUUGUCAAGAAGAGCUUUUGGGGAAGGUCAAAAUAAGAGUAAAGAAAACUAGUGUGUUGUCUUAAAAUUCAAUGAUUUGUGAAGGAAUUUGUUUUGUUUCUUUGUUGAGUUCAGUUAUUUUCAUUAAUUUUGCAUAUGAGGCAUUUGUGUAAAAGUGGCAACAACAGUCUAUUAAAUCAUAUUUCAAACAACUUGUUUUAGGUGUGAUGCAUUGAGAUAUUAAAGACCUUUUUGCAUUGAAAUCACUGCACACUGAAAGUAUGAUAAUAGAAUUAACAAAAUGUGGUUAUAAACAGCUCUGGAAAAAAUUAAGAGACCACUUAACAUUGAUUUCUGAACUUGGAGUGGUCUCUCUUUUUUCCAGAGCUGAUAUAGUGGUUUAAAUUAAAUCAAGGGGUUUAACAUUGUAUUCAGCAUUGCUAAUGAACCAACAGUAGUAACAGCUCAUUCUGUUUUUCUAUGUAUAUUUGAAGAGGCAAUUCCUCUCAUCAUAUGGACUCUGACAUAUACAUCACUGAGAGAAGAUAAAAUUGCUCAGGAAAAAUGAAUGUGUUCUGUGUCUGUGGCAAUUCAAGCAGUGACGUACUUGUUUUUACAGCUGCUAUUUAGUAUGAAAGAUAAGUUCUUACACUGUGGUUUACACCUUGUAUUUUGUAAUGUUAACAUGCAUUCUCUGUAAAGCUGCUUUGAAACAAUAUGUAUCGUGAAAAGCGUUAUACAAAUAAAUUUGAAUUGAAUUGAAUUAUUUUGACAAGCAAUUUGGUUAAAAAAGUCAUAAAAUGGAACUCAUGUUUCAAGCAGAAUUUAUGUCGUCUCAAUUCUCUGAAUAAUUUGCAUGAGCUUCUCUCUAUAUGUAGUUAUGGCAGUAGUUUGGCAGCGCCACAGAUGUUCCUCUAUGGUGCCACUUGCUUUCAUUUCAAUCUGUUGAAUCCUUCAUGAAUUAAAUGUACACUAUGUACAUGUUUUUUGUUCAAAAUGUACAAAUAUUUAUAUUUUUUGCGAGUACAUUAUGAAUCAAUCUUCUAAACCAUGUUGUUGUCUUAUCACUAUGGUACACCUAGGCACCUAAUAAGUGUUUAUAUUCUGACUAUUUUAGAGUAACCGAGUACCUGUGUUACUUGUCAUCAGAAACAGAUGGAAAGUAGCUCCAGCCACAGUGUUCUUUUGCAAGAGGCAUUA